GUGUGUGUGUGUGUGUGUGUGUGUGUGUGUGUGUGUGUGUUCUGGUAAUCAUCACUUUGUGGGGACAAGAAUCUGUUUACACAGUCACGUAAUGGGGACCUCUUGCGUUGUGGGGACCAAAAAUCAGGUCCCCAUAAGGUUAACCCAUUUAAUUGGAUAGAGGAACUAUUCUGAAGGUUCUGGGCGGAGUUUUAGCAUUGGCCCAUAACACAUGAUUAUCAGGUAUUGUGCGUGUGUGUAGCGGGAGCUCUGCUGCGCCCCCAAACAUUUUUGGCUGGUAAUGCACUCACUUCUCCACACACACAUUUUCCAAUUAUGGGUGGGUACCGCCCACUUCCGGGUCCUCGUUAGGAAGGAGUUCGACAGCAACUUGAAAAUACAAGUAUUAAAUUGAUAACGUUACUUCACACGGAGAACAAAGAAGAAGAUUAACGUUAUUUACUGGAGAUGCCAACGAUCUGAACUUCUGCCGAGGAUAAAAGUGAAGCUUAAGUUUGAAAUGCCACCACGAAUCAGCCCCCUUAAGGAUGCCAUGCAUCAUGUUGUUUCAAAAACUGACAAAACAUUCAAAUUAGAUGUGAAGUAUAUCAGUGCAGUGAAAGGACGUGGUCUAUUUGCAAAGGCUGCCUUUUGCAAAGGUGAUUUUGUUGUUGAGUACAGGGGAGAUAUGAUAAAUGAAGCAGAACUUCAGAGGAGAAGAAAACGUUACCACGCAUCCUGUGCUGCAUUUAUGUUUGAUUUCAAGUGGCGAGGGAAAACAUGGUGUAUUGACGCGUCAAGGGAAGAUGGAUCGUAUGGGCGUAUCGCUAAUGAUUGCCACAAUCAUCCAAAUUGUAAGAUGAAAAAAAUUGACGUCAAUGGAAAGCCUCACCUUUGUCUGUUUGCCCUGAAUGACAUUAAAGAAGGAGAAGAAAUUGCCUAUGAUUAUGGGGGAGAAGACUACCCAUGGAGAACACAAAUGACCAGCGUUGCUGUUAAAACCAGCACAGUGAAUGACUCUGAUCCUUCUCUCCAGUCAGUGACUCAGAUGGAUGAAGAAUCUGCUCAAAUCAACCCUCCUCAACAGAUGACCAGCGUUGCUGUUAAAACCAGCACAGUGAAUGACUCUGAUCCUUCUCUCCAGUCAGUGACUCAGAUGGAUGAAGAAUCUGCUCAAAUCAACUCUCCUCAACCGAUGACCAGCGUUGCUGUUAAAACCAGCACAGUGAAUGACUCUGAUCCUUCUCUCCAGUCAGUGACUCAGAUGGAUGAAGAAUCUGCUCAAAUCAACUCUCCUCAACAGAUGACCAGCGUUGCUGUUAAAACCAGCACAGUGAAUGACUCUGAUCCUUCUCUCCAGUCAGUGACUCAGAUGGAUGAAGAAUCUGCUCAAAUCAACUCUCCUCAACAGAUUGUGAUACAACACCGAAAUGAAAAUGACAUUUUUGUACCAAGACUGAGACGGACUAAAAGUAUUGUGAUGAAAGACAUUGAUCUUCAAGAUUCUGGUGAGCUCUUUGAUUCUACACCAGAGAGUUCAGAUAAUUAUGUUCCAGAUACCACUUCCGACAGUGACUGUGACAGUGAUGUUAGCCUUACACUGAACCCAACAAAACGUCAGCUUCUUGAUCAACUGGAUAUGAAUGAAUCUGCCUCUGUAAGCUCCCCUGACUGUGACUCAACAACGUCAGACAAUAUGCACAGCGUUACGUCUAAAGCAUCUGGAACAGUAGAAGAGCCCAGUUCAAGUCAGAACACAAUAGACUGCGUAGUUGUUAAUGCAUACCAUAAAAGAGAUGGUGGUAGAGUGUAUAACAAGAGACAUUACUGCUUGUAUUGCUCCAAACCUUACGCUAAGAUGGCAAGGCAUCUAGAAAGUUCACAUGCAAAUACAUCUGAUGUGGCUAGAGCUCUAAGCUUUCCAAAAUGUUCAAAGGAGAGAAAAAAACAGUUGGAUUAUAUUCGCAACAAAGGGAACUAUGCCCACAAUGCUGCGGUUAUGGAAUCAGGAAAGGGGGAACUGGUGCCAUUUAAACGACCACCUAAAAAAGCACUGGGAGAGGAUUUCAUGCAUUGUGCAUACUGUCAAGGACUUUUUACGAGAAAGGUCCUUUGGCGACAUAUGCGUUCUUGCAGACUUAAACCUCAGUCAGUCCCCCCCAAACCAGGAAAAAACCGUGUUCAGUCCAUGUGUACAUACACGGGGCCUGUGCCUUCAAACAUGACCAAACAACUGUGGGGAGUAAUCAGUGCCAUGAAUCCUGACCCAAUCACAGAUAUUAUAAAAAAUGACAAAGUAAUUACUGAAAUUGGGCAGCACUUGUUGAACAAAGGAGGGAUAUCAGCCAAAAAUCAACAGUAUGUGCGGGAGAAGAUGCGAGAAUUGGGACGGUUGAUUCACAAGGCGAGGAGAGUCACCUCGUUAAAAACGAUGGAAGAUUGUGUAAAUCCAAAGAAGUACAUGGAGACUGUCAAAGCUGUGAAGUAUACGUGUGGGUAUGACAGUGAAACAGACAAGUUCAUGAUUCCAUCGCUUGCAAAUAAGCUUGGGAAUUCCCUGGUUAAAGUGAGCAAACUCUUAAAAGCUCAGGGAUUAAUCUCAAAUGACAAACAGCUUGUUAAGAAUGCCAGUGAGUUUCUAGAAGUCCAUCAGAACAAGUGGAACGAGUUGAUCUCGGCUACAGCAUUGAGGAACAUCAGUGAAGCAAAGUGGAAUGUGCCCACUAUCAUGCCCUUUACUGAAGACGUCCAGAAAAUGCACACACAUCUCAGUGAAGUGCAAGAGAAGUGGUUCAAAACACUCUCUGGAAGUCCCUCUACUAAAACCUGGAUGGAGCUGGCAAAGGUGUGUCUAGCCCAGAUGAUUCUCUUUAACCGCCGCAGGGAAGGAGAGGUUUCGAGUAUGCCUUUGUCUGCAUUUCUUUCAAGAGACACUUCUCAUCCACAUGAGGAUGUGGACUGGGCACUUUCUGAAGUGGAAAAAAAACUCUGCAGACACUUCACAAGGGUUAUCACAAGAGGAAAGCGUGGUCGACCAGUUCCAAUUCUUCUGACUCCAAAAAUGCUAUGUGCCUUAGAACUCCUUGUUAAGCAGAGAGAGGUUUGUGGGGUUCUGAAAGACAAUCCCUAUAUGUUUGCAAGACCAGAAGCCAUGACACAUUUUCGAGGGUCAGACUGCCUCCGUGGCUUUGCUAAGGUGUGUGGCGCAAAGUGUCCCAAGUCACUGACAUCUACAAGGCUGCGAAAGCAUGCCGCAACGCUUUCAACAGUGCUGAAUAUGACUGACACCGAGAUGGACCAGCUGGCAAACUUCCUUGGACACGACAUAAGAAUCCAUCGUGAGUUCUAUCGACUCCCUGAGAAGACCUUGCAACUUGCCAAGAUCAGCAAAGUUCUAAUGGCACUUGAACAAGGAAGAUUAGCUGAGUUCCAUGGCAAGAACUUGGAUGAAAUUGGGAUAGAUCCUGAUGAAAAAGUUCUUAACUCUGAUGAGGAAGACGAGAGCAUAACAGAGGGACUCUGUUCAUCUACUGUUGACGAACCAUCUUCAGAGGUGGCACUUCCUCCUACCGAGAGGAGUGACAUGCCGCCACCACCCAAGAGACGCAGACUACCAGCAGAUGAAGAGAUGCCUACAGAAGCCAGUGCUGUGAGGCCUUCUUCCAAAGGUAAAAGUACCCAGAAGACACCCUGGCAGCAGACAGAGGUGCAGGCGGUGGAAAGGCACAUGCAGCGAUUCAUCACAUCGCUCACUGUACCAGCAAAGAGCGACUGUGAAAAGUGCUUGAAAGCUGAACCAGGAGCACUGAAGAACCGUGAUUGGAAGAAUGUAAAAUUUUACAUUUAUAAUCGUAUUACAGCUUACAAAAAGAAAUUCCAGUGCAAAUAAUAAUAAUGUGAACAUCAUGGCAGGUUUUGUUCAAAGAUUUUAAAGGGUUAAAGAUGUUUUAAGGUUUACUAUCCCUUUAAAACUACAGAAACACUUGUAGGCUAUAGAAUAAUUUUGUUUGCCAUAUGUUUUAUGAUGACUGUGAUGGCCACCAGUCGGAAAACAUUGAUCAAACAACAUUUCAAAUAGAGUGUCAUGUUUGCAGUACAGUAUGUUUAUGAUGACCGUGAUGACCACCAGUCGGAAAGCAUUGGUUGGACAAAGUUAAUUUAAAGUCGUAGUUUGUUUAAAUUCACAUGUAUGUGAAAGGAAGCAUGUGUGAAAGUUAUUUUUUUUUAUAUACUUUUAAUAUCAGGACCUUGUUUUUAGGUAUGACUUCAUUUUGAGUUUUGUGAAGCUGAGUUCAAUAAAAGUUGAAUUCCGCAA